CCCAGGCUUCUCAUCGCAUUUGACACCGAUAUCUUCUGAAUUUGAGUCAGAAUGUCCACCAGAUCCUGGCAGGAUGAUUCCCUGUCGAAAACCCUCGUUCAAGAACCCGCUGAUGCGUGGAAUGCCGUCUGGCUCAGUACGAAUACCAUUUGGAAUAAGAGUGAUGAUCUCGGAGACUCUAUCCCGCACCAGACAUACCUCUCACAGAGAAGGUCUCGACGUCGAGAAAGACUUGUUGUCGAUCCAUAUUCUGGCAAGUCUCCCAAUUCGGCGGACAAUGAUCCGGCAUCAUGGCAAAGCUUCUACCAGGACUUGGAACCGCAUGAUGUAGAUAACUUUGGCCGAGCGACAAAUAACGAUGUGACUGUGCGUCACGAGAUAUCCACAGGCGCAACAUAUGUUCUUUUUCGCCUCUUCGUGCUCCAGGCGUCGUCAGAGCCUGGAAAAUAUUCCUGGAGCCCCUUGUUGCAGAGCAUAGUUCCAGGGACAGAUAUCACGUUGUCUGCAGGGUCAUGGACGGCAGGCAUCAAUCACCAUACUGGACCCGAUGCUGCAAGAUCUCACGGUGAUCCAUUAAAGUUGGUCAUAACAAAGACGAAAAAGAAAAAGGGAACGCCCACCCAGUCCACCGCAAUAUUUAUGUUGCAGGCGACUGAUCUCAAUAACUCUCUGGGACAAGUGGGCUUAGCCUAUUCCUCCAUGUUCGGCAUCAUGCGAAGAUCGUACAUGGCCAAAGUCAGGCAACAAGAUGGCAGUACAAGCAGUCAGCUGGAUGGAUGGUGGAACCCUGAUCUUUGGAGCGGCAGCGAAGUUUCAAGCACUCUCAAUUUUGAGGCCCUAAUCCCUUUGGAAAGCGGUGGCACUGUGGUGGAAGAGAGAAGACCUUCAGGCUAUCUGGAUGCGGCUAUCUUGCUACCAGUGACAUCCGACAGCUCGCCAUUCUCGAGCUUAGCUUCAUCUAGCGAUCAGAUCCCGCCAUCUAAAAGGGCGAGACACCACGAAGAUCUAUUCGCGAGUCAGAUCGCAAGAGACCUCGGCAACAGUCAUCGGCAGCUUGGCUUCAAGGAUGCACCGAGUCAGAUGAAUGCUCUCUUACCAUACUACGCUUCGGCUCGUGAGAAGAUGAUGCUGGCGUCGCGUUUCACUGGGAACUGGACAAAAAUCCUCCAUCUACUGGUUUGUCGUGCCGCUGCCAGGAUGGAAUUGGACCUUCAACAAGUUCAAAAGGGGCUCGGGAAGAGUCUUUAUGCGCCUACUGAUCUCUCUUCGGGGUCAAUCUGGCCAACCAGUACUAUGACGGGGCUGUAUGGUGAUCAAUCCAUCGAGAGGAAUGUAGAGCUUCAAGACAACAUUGCCAUCCUUGCCUCCUGGGUACGAACUCAAGGAAUCCUCUCGCGGCUACACUCUGUUGAAUACCAGUCAAUAGUGAACGAAGUAUACGCUAGCACUUUGUUUCCCUACUUUGACAGCCUCGCUCACUCUGCGCCGAGCCAUGAACAAGUGGUGAGAUUCUGGACAUUCUUGGAUCUGUCCUAUCUGCAACAUUGGUUCGACUCGCUCCGCAUCAACGACACAGGGGCUCUUUACAGCACGACAUUGAUACUCCAGCAGCUGGAACCGAUACUAUGUGAGCUCACAGCAAGUAGACAGUCCGUCCCUAGUCUCAAUACUACCCUGUCACCAGAGGCUACAUUUUGGUUAGAGGCCCUACCGACCUAAAAUAUGUGGGAUAAAGCAUCAAGCCAAGGCAUGCCGUUCGAGCAGCAGAGUUAUUCCGUCAAUGUUCUCUUCAAGCACAAUAUAACUCUCAGCAAUGGGAUCCUGCCUGAAGAGUGCCAACCCCUCGAUUCGUAGGAAAUGGGAAACCAGAG